AUGGACUUUGAUACGGCUAGCCAGAGCCUGUCACCGGGCGCUGCCAUCCGGAAUCCUGGGCUGCGACUGCCCGCAACAUGCGAGCCUCCGUCUGAGAGUAAUCCGCCCAAGCGCGCAGUGUGGAUUGUCUUCGGAGCAACCGGCCACAUCGGACGGUCGCUUGUUCGGGCCAUUCUGGCUCAUGGAGACCAAUGUACCGCUGUUGGCUGGACGCAUGAAAAUACGCCUGAGCAGAUGCAGGAGUGGCAAGAUAGGCGGUGCCUGGGACUGCUGUGCGAUGUUCGAGUAAGAGAAACAGUGGAUCACGUGCUGAAGAGAAGUCUGGAGCAUUGGGGUAGGAUGGAUGUCAUCGUGAACAGCACAGGCUACGGUGUCAUUGGCGCAUGCGAAGACCAAGACGAUUACGACCUGCGCAACCAGUUCAGCACCAACUUCCUCGGUACACUCCACAUCAUCCAGCUAUCUCUUCCCUACCUCCGCCAGCAAAACGCCGGUCGCUACCUCAUCUUCUCUUCCACGGCUGGGUCACUCGGUGUCCCGGGACUUGGACCUUACUGCGCGACCAAGUAUGCCGUCGAAGGCCUCAUCGAGUCUAUGCUGUAUGAGAUCGACGCUUUCAACAUCAAGGCGACACUUGUUGAGCCGGGUCAUGUAAGGCUUGACGAACCAGACGACAACAUCGUCCCUGGUGCAGGACCUCCAAAGCCUAAACGAUACGGCCACUUUUCUGUAAAACCGAACCCAAGCGAGCCGUAUGCGAACUUGGCGAGUCCUGCCCAGCACGCGAGACGGAUGGUGCAAUGGCUGAACGAUAGACAGCCCGUCAGUGCCGUCAAAAGUGCGGAGUUGGUGUGGCAGCUGGGGCAUUGUAGUUACCCGCCUCUGAGGUUGAUCUUGGGAAGCUAUGCUGUAGACAGUAUCCGUGACCGACUGAGGAGUAUCACAGAAGAGAUCGAAGAUUGGAAACACCUGUCGUUUCCCGUCACCGCUACUGAUGACGAUGCUACGUCGGAGAAAGGCAGAGCUGGGGACGACGAGCAAGACGAAGAGAACGAACAAUGA